UGAGCUGUUCUGAUUUGGGUGACUACUUUGUCUUAACUUGCUCUUUGCCUGAAUCUGUUGAACGUGGUACAAAAUGUAACUUGUACAUUGGAGAAGCACAUCAUCCAGUCUCAACAACACCCAUCAUGAAGAAAACCACCUCAAAAAAACAGCAGUUGUGUCAGUUUUAUAUCACGAGAGGCGUUUUGCUGAAACACCUACAAUUAGUUCAGCUAAAGGAGGCCAGCUGUGAUUACAGCCUGGAACAUGAACCCAACUUUGCUUCUGCUCGUAGUGAUGGAUGCAGCUUGACUGAUUCAUUUUCUGGUAUAAAAACACAAGGUCUGGUUCCACCUGAGCUGACAGUGACUCCACUGGUGAUCACAGAGUCAGACUCAGUCACUGUGAACUGUCAGACUCCAUCAUCUGUUCCUGUGUCUCAGUGUCACUUCACUGUGACGGGACAUUUACGUCUUGGAGACUCGUCUUGUCUUCAGACAGUGACAGGAGCUGAUCUGUUGCACAUGACAGGUCAGAGGUCACCUGCUGAGGUCAAACUUACAUGUUAUUACACUGUGAAGCUUGGAGAGAGAGAGUCUACAUCCACAGACAGUCAAACAUCAUCCAUCACCAUAAACUCUCUUCACCAGCCUGAGCUGACAGUGACUCCACUGGUGAUCACAGAGUCAGACUCAGUCACUGUGAACUGUCAGACUCCAUCAUCUGUUCCUGUCUAUCAGUGUUGGCUCUACUCAGUGAGGGAUCAAACCUCCAGAGUCGUCUCUUGUCAUCAGACACUGACAGGAACUGAGCUGAUGAAAAUGACUCAAAGUUCACCUGUUGAGAUUGAAGUUACAUGUUAUUACAGUGUAGAGCGAAGAGGAACUAUAUCUCUGUCUCAAUUCAGUAACUCUAUCAUCAUACAGAGUAAGUAG